UCCAACAUGGCUGCCCUCAUGUUGUCCUGGGUUGUGAAAUCUGGGUUUGAAUUCUUACAAACCUCUUUUAGAACAACGUCUCUGGCCCAGCGAUGUACAACAGGGAAUGUAGAGCAGGUGCGAGGUUAUUACGUGAAUUGGAGGAUGCUUCGAGAUGUCAAGAGAAGGCAAAUGGCAUUUGAGUAUGCCAAUGACAGACUGCGGAUAAACGCUAUCAGAAAAAACACAAUCCUUCCUAAAGAACUACAGGAGGUAGCCGACAAAGAAAUCGCAGCCUUCCCACGAGACAGCUGCCCGGUACGGAUCCGCAACAGAUGUGUGAUGACGUCACGGCCCCGUGGUGUGAAACGCAGGUGGCGUCUUAGUCGCAUAGUUUUCCGUCAUCUUGCUGACCACAAUCAGAUGUCUGGGAUCCAAAGAGCAAUGUGGUAACUGUCAAGUGAAUUAAAUUCACCCAGUUCUGUGCUGGAGACACUCAAAGGUGACAUACAAACCUGGGACUAAAGUGACUUCAGUUUUUGUUUUUUAUUUUUGUUUUGUUACGUGAAAAUGGUUUAUUAAAAGAUGUAUUAAAAAAAACUUUGGCACAUUCAUUUUAAAGAGGACUAUGAAUAUUGGGUAAUGGGAUCUCUUAGAAAUAACAUAUUUACAGUUAAACUUUUCAAUGGUGGUUUUAUAAUGUUUCAAGUGAAUCGGUACACACACUACAUCUGUAAUCCAUGCUUGCUAGAACAAUGUCAAACGGGUCUAAGGCCACAACCAGCCAGGACAGCACAAAUUUGAUGCUAACAGUUUAGGGAUGGAAAUCUGCAGUGAAAUCUGUUCUCUAUUAUGGCCAAGACAGUUGGGAAUGUUGAAACUGCUGCUUAUUAAUUAUCUGAAAUGUAGAUGUGUAUGAUAAAGAAGAACCUGCCAAUCUAAUGCCUACUGUAUCUGUGACUAAAACUGAUUGAGGGACAGCCUAUUUAUACAAAACUGUUGUACACAGUAUUUUUCUUUUUUCAAAACCAUGUUCAUAAAUAAUAAAAUAACAAUAUGAAGCAGA